AUGGCUACCACGAACGGAGAUCCCACUCAUAAGCCUCGUGAGAAUGAUGAGGUAGACGAAGAGCUACUAAUUCUCUCAUACCACCGGGCUCUUGCUUAUGAUGCUUUAACACAGAACUCUCGCAAGACGGCAGGUUCAUAUCAGAAGAAGAAAAGAAGUCACUCCAGACAAGCCCAGGCCAGACAAGCCCAGGCUUGUCCUGCUAUCUUGCGUCCUGUCUCGCCCGCCCUUACUUCGAACAAGGCGAGUAGACAUGAUAGGAUAGAAAAUAAAGAGAUACGAGAGAGCUCUACUGUCUGGCAACCGCGGAAGCCAGCCUAUGUACUGCAUUCAAGAAACUCAGAAAUAGACAUCAGCAAUAAUACACGUCUUCCUCGGUCCGAGUAUCGACCGCAUUCAACACCCCCAAAGCAGAGGCAAAGGGCCCAAACCAGGUAUGGUCCCAUCAACCAGGGCGGUAGUCAAAGAAGGCUAUCAUCAGGGGAAUUCCACGGGGCUCUCAUGAGGCAAAGUGCUAAGAAUGAUGAUGUCCGUAGCGAGCUUGGUAGCGACGUAUACCCGCCCACCCCUCAGCCCUUACACAUCACUGAACAGUUAGUUAGGUACUACCAAAAUGCUCACCAUGACAAUUCCAGCCCAAGACCGAUACAAGAACCUCACACCAACCCGAGUAGCAUGUACGCUCCGGAAUCUAUUAGUCGCCCUCCAUCUGCUGUCUCAACGGUUAGUCGAGGCCGACGCAUGUCACGCACUCGGCCUUCGUCUUCUGCAUCUACGGCAUGUUCCUCUUGUUGCCCUUCUAUUACGUCUACUAAUAGGCUUACCCGUUCGCCGAGCCCCUCGCGCGGGGCUUGGAUAUCAGACCACCCGCGACAGGAACAGCCGUCGUUCAGGGAACGUGCGUGUCAACGACUGAGUCAAGGCCUACAACUUAACUUACGGCGGGCGGGUAUUGAGCCAGAACCUAGCUUCAUAGUACAUAGUGUGGUGAAGAAAUCUACCGAAUAUGUGCCCCCGUCGAGGGCAACGUCCGCGGCACCAACAUCACCCCCCGUGACUCCCACUACCCCUACUAUCCCUUGGGAGCCGCCGAACACAGCCGUGCCGUUCGCAAUGGAAUGCCGUGAAAUAAACAGUAUGUUAGGGAUCUCCGAUAGCGACGACGAAUUAGCUACGGAGGAGAACAAGAAUACAAAUACUGUCAAGGGCGAUUAUGUGGCAUACUCACCGCAACACAUAGCAGAGGUAGAGGACAAUAUGCGGAAACUUCGGCAACAGCAACGGUCCUUGGCAGAUAUGCGGAGGGCACCAGCUAUCCUUGAAAACGACGCAUCAAGCAAAAGUGGCAAAAGUAGCGGCAGCGAUAAAUCGCUAUUCCUACAGGACACGAGGGGAACCAGACCUACCUCCGACUCGUUCUUCGCGACCGAAUGGUCGCGCCAACAAGCGGAGGACUUGGCGGCCCCCUUACGUCUAUUAAACCCUUUCCACCCCGACCCAGUUGUCGCGGAAAUAUCUCAGUCAAACGGUCCAAGACAAGUCCCCGAGGCUUCACCAGACGACCGAAUGGAACUACCCAGUCAGUCGAGACAGAGUUCCAACGACUCUCUAGUCGUAGCCGAGGCUCUGACUAAGUCGCCCGAGCAGAUGUCGCCGGUGGAGACGGGGGCAGUUGAACGGCACUUGCUGAAGCGGAAGCAGGGGAUGAUGGCGUUACGCGAUAAUUGAAAAGAAAUUUGUGUUUAUGUUACAUGUAUAUGGGAGGCACGUUAUCAUGGAGUUUUAGGUUGUUUGGGAUACCAUGGUAGAUCGAUCGGUGGCGGCAUGAUUUGUGUAUAUAAAAGCUUGCUGUAAUGAUGUAACGCAGACACGAUAUAUAACUUAUGUUUUUACGAAUUUUAUAUAGUUAGUUAAAAAAUUGGAAGCCC